ACUUUUUCUAUUGUGAUCUGUCGAAAAGUAUUGUGAUUAGUUUCUUAGUUAUUUUAUUAAAGAAAUUUACUUAAAAAUGAUGCAGUUUAUGUUGUUAUUCAGUCGUCAAGGAAAAUUGCGUUUGCAAAAGUGGUACGUGGCUCAUCCUGAUAAGUUAAAGAAAAAAAUUACGCGAGAACUAAUUACUACAAUAUUGGCACGAAAGCCUAAAAUGUCAAGUUUCUUAGAAUGGAAGGAUGUUAAAGUUGUUUAUAAAAGAUAUGCAAGUUUAUAUUUCUGUUGUGCAAUUGAACAACAUGAUAAUGAAUUAUUGACACUAGAAAUCAUACAUCGCUAUGUUGAAUUAUUGGAUAAAUAUUUUGGAAGUGUUUGUGAACUAGAUAUAAUUUUCAACUUUGAAAAAGCAUACUUCAUCUUAGACGAAUUAUUGGUUGGUGGUGAAAUUCAAGAGACUAGCAAAAAGAAUGUUCUAAAAGCCAUUGCUGCUCAGGAUUUACUACAGGAGGAGGAAACUCCACAAGGGUUCUUUGAGGACCAUGGUCUGGGAUAAUACUUCCUAAACAAUAUAUCCUGCUUAAUGUAAGUGGUGUACUGUUACAACACAGCUUCAA